AGCUCAUCAUGACUACAGCCAAAUGUCAUUCGUAAUUUUUCUAUUGGCGAUAUAUUUUGCAAUAUUUUAAUAGCCGGUUGUAUUAUGCCCAAAAAAUAAGUAAAAACAUGACCGAAUCAGGAGAAACGAAAUUGUGUCGUUUAUGUGCUUGCGAUAGCAUUGAUAACAAAAACAUUUUCGACGAAAGUGACGACUUGCUGAUCAAAUUACGGACAACAUUUUCUUUAGUCAUAUUCAAAGGCGAUGAAUUGCCACAGCAUCUCUGCAAUGGUUGUGAAAGUGUUGUUGUCAACUACUAUGAUCGAAUAACAACAUACGAAAAAUUGGAGAAAAAAUGGUUGUCAGAGACAAGUGGUCAAAAUCCAAUCAAAAAUGUCUAUGAAGCAGUGGAAGCGGAAAGUCAGAAAAUUCGUAAAGCGAUCACAACUUUACUGCCGGACUAUCCAAUACAACAAAAGCACAACAUUCUAGCCGCUGUGAUAAAAACGUCCCUCAGUCCAUCGACAGACAACUUUAAUGUCAACGGUCGGAGCUACUUAAAUACCGUAUUGGACUACGAAUUGCCACCGAUAUCCACCGAUGAGGAUCAAUCGAAAAUCGACGAAGAUUCACUGGACGCGAGUCGAUUCGAGAUGAGUCGUCGUGUGAAGAAGAAAAAACGACGAAAUCCAUUACGCGACUACAUACGGCGUGGCAAGCGACGAAAAAUCGCUACGGCACAAACGGAUCGUACGACGAAUUCGACGCCGGUAACGGAUACGAAUGUGGAGAAGUUGACGAGCACGGAGUCAACUGCAAAUACUCAAAUUUCCAACGAGCCUCAAUGUAGCGACACACCGCCGCCAUUGCGUAAGAAACCUGGACCGAAACCGAAAAGUAAAUUGCCGCCCAACACCGACGAGGCCGGUGGUUGCUUAGAUAAGGAAUUUGUUCAUUGGAAAAAGCCUGGUCCUCAGGUUGCACCGGUGAUAAACGAAAACAAUAGACUCCGUCGCUCGAGACGACAAUUUGAACAUGAUAGUAGUAAGGAGGAACCAGUAGAUGCGACAGUAGUAAAGGUAAAACGAUCUGCAAGUAAAGAUAAAAGUUUGGAGAACACGAGAAAAGUACCACAAUCCGCCAGUGAUCGCUCGGUUGAUGUGCCAAAUGAAUUCGAGUUAACGAAAGAGAUAAAAGACGAGCAACGACCAACUGAUACGGAGGAUGUGAUCGAUGACAAAGCUGAUCGGGCAUUGUCGGGAAGAAAGGGUAAAAUAGUCAUAUUGAAUCCUCAGGAAGUGCUUAAAGAAUGUGAUGUGUCGAAUGAAGUCGUUCGGUCCGAUUCGGUGACAACCAAAUCGAACGAUUCACAAUCCGAGGACUCUGAUAGGCCUUCAUCGAAAAAUCGAAAACGACUCGACGAAUAUGAUGUUCCGGGUAACGAAAGCAAGAAGAAACGGCAAACAUCUCGCAUCAAUUACUCGGAAGCGUUGGUCGACGAGGCACUCAUGUACGAAGAAAUGUUGUUGAAUCAACAGGCUAAAGAGCAACUAUUUAUUGCGUCCACAAUUGAGUCGUCGAAACAGAAGGCGAAAACGGUUGAUCUUGGAAAGAAUAACUUCUCAAUGGAUUAUGAUGACAGUGAUACGAUUGUUAAGAAAACUAAACUGGAUGUGUCGCUGGGAAAUCUAGGUGAAAUUUGUCUUUCGAGGAAGGAAAAAUUGCCACCGAGGGAAAGCAGCACAUCCACCGAAACUGUGCAAAAAGUCGAGAGUGUUGGCCCAGAUGUACGACUGUCUGAAAUAUCCAUCACACCGAUAUCAAAACCGAAAUCGACUGCAGUUAAAGCGGACAAUCAAAUCAACGUUUCGUUGACAGACAUCAAAAAGACAUUCAAAUCAAAUCCCGAAAUAGUGUUCAACAUUAGUUCGGCUGUGAGUAUUCAAUUGAAAAGCGCUGCAUGCAGCAAGACCGAUCAGGGUCAACUGUCGAAAGGACCUUCGACAACAUGUCAGUAUUGUCGGAAACAGUUUAGCGACAUUAAACAAUUGGCUGUCCAUCAGCUAGUCCAUUUGAAAGUCGAAACUCAUAAGAUCGGGUCACCACUAGUAUUAUCGCCUAGCUUUCGUCGUGGCCGUAUGGUUCCGAUGGGAAACAAUAAAUGCUUCCGCUGCUUGAAUUGUUGGCGUCUGUAUCCGAACAGUCAGAGCAUUUUACAGCACUGGGUAACGGGAAAAUGCAUUUUCUACUGUUCUAUUUGUGGCCAGUCAUUCCAUCAAAAUCCUAAACUGAUUCGUGAUCACUUUCCCGAAGUGCAUGGAAUUAAAUUCAAAAUGCCAAACAGUUCAUCGGCACCGGCAACACCAAUGGCACCAAUGGCUAGCGAUUCGAUGUUACUCGCAACGCAUGCCUCUCAACGAAUGAAUCGGGCCAAAUUUCAAGAACAAGCUAUUAAAGGAGCUCCUGCCUCGGCAGUUGCAUCUACGGCGCCUGGUCGUUCCUUUAGCGUCAUCAAAAUGAAACCGCCGAUCGGUCGGGUUAAGUGUCACAUAUGCUCAUGUUCAUUUCCGAAUAUGCAGAGUCGUAACUCUCACAUGAGACUCCACAAAAACGAUAUUCACAUGCGGCUGCACAAAAGUGAAAAAGAUCCCAUCAAACCAAUCAAUCUGCGGCAACUGGUCAGCCAACCACAACGACCGAUCCAAAUGAAUUUCAACAACAUCCAGCAGCGACAAUUUCCCAAUGUUGUAAAUCGUAUCCAGCCCAACCACGCAAUAGGAGCGCCGAAUCGACAAUUCCGUAUGGCACAACCAGUUUCUCAGCAGCGGGCAAUUAAGCCUGCUGACCCUCAACGACCAUCGCAAUUCGCCAAUCAACCAUUGCAACAUCGAACAUAUUCCAAACCCACUCCGUUCACGGUGACCGAAAAUUUUGGCGGCUCGAUGAAAAUCAAAACCGAAACGAAUUUCGAUUCCCAGUGCCGGUCAUCCGAUUUUCAGAGCAGCAGUGACUUUCCCGAAUACAGUGAACUCUUCCAAACCGAAACAGUUGCCGAACCCACCGCAUCGCUGUCCAAUUUUAUCAAAUCGGAAAUGCAGCCGGAUAGCGGCAGCGGUGUUCCGCGUCUACAAGUGAAAAAACUGCACGAACUCCAAGAGCCAAAUUAUGUUAAUGCCCAACCAAUAUCCGUGAACACUUUUUACACACCAACGACCAUACAGCCGCUGGUGAGCACCAUUCCACAGUAUCAAUUGGCAGCCCCAUUGCAAUUACAAGUGCCGCAAUUGCAACCAAUUCAACCUCAAUUUCAAAUAGCAUCCGUACAGCACGUACAAAAUACUCAAUAUUACAAUCCGGUGUUGGUCGUGUCCCAGCCAUCGCAACACACUCAGGAAGGAUAUCAGUAUGUUCCGGAACAAGUUGACUAUUCGAAAUAUUACAGUUGAGUGUAGCUGUAUUUGAACUAGUAGCUUCUGUAAGUGAACGAGAAAGUAGACCGAAGACAGGCGUUUAGAUUUAAGCUACAGAGUGCUCGUUGAAAAUUAAAGAUUUUCAAAUUCAAGUAACAAA